AAAACAAACUGUCAGCGAAAUAGAAUUUUAGUUUAAAACGAGUCAUUGCGACGCACAAAAUAACUUUUAUUCAAUUAAAUUAGUUGCCCACUCGCCGGAGUCAAACGACAAAUAAGAUCAUGUACAACCCGGGCUACCAAGUGGAUGUCAUCGAUCCAUUCUAUCCACCGCCAGUCGAGGUCAUAGAGGUCGUGCCGCAACCAGCCUACACGCAGCCAACCGUAGUUGUCACGCAGCCUCAAACGAUCUAUGUGGAGGAGAACAAUGGACCCACAAGAGAGCAAAUGGAAUGCUGCCUGCUGCUGGGCGCCUGCUGUGUGGCGGAAGAGGCCGGCUGUGUUAUAUUAUAACGUUCCAUUUCUUUAUGAAAUUUCAAAAUUUGUGUAAUAUGAAGAGUGUUUAAGAAUAAUGUAUGUGAAUAAAUUAUAGUCGAAAAGUGAA